GAUACGAGUCCAGUCAGAAGUCCGGAACCACCUCCUCGAAGCUCCAAGCGGAACAAGUGAGUCUACACAUCGAUGAUGUCUGUUGACUUUCCGUCACAGCAGUCAACCGGCUGGAGACGUCCUUACACCUGUCAAGAUGACGUCUCCACUACACUUUUCGCCUCGCGCCGGUCCACAGUCCCUACCGACCAUCAUCAACACCUCGCACUCGCCCGAUGGCUCACCGGACAAGGUCGUAGCGCCCUCUCGACCAUCCCGAUCACCCUCUAGAGCAUCUUCUGAUAACGCAUCUGGCACGUUGCACGAAUUGACUGAAAUGCUUGGCGGAGCUAUAAACGAGAUUCAACGCAACAACUCGCUUGAGAACACGUCGCUCGAAGUGUCAUGUCAACCUCAGCAUCACGAUGAGCCGGAGAACUACGAGAAAGACGUUCUCACACCUUCAGCUCCCCUGGAUGACGAGGCUCCACUCCGGUCUAGCCGCAUCGAACAUCGAGGGUCGUCCUCCACGACGCCACAACCGCCGUCUGUCAUUCCAGCUCGCGCCGGAUCACUCCUUAGCGAUUCAGCAUCUGAGUCUAUGCCUCCUCCGCCUGUACCUGGCCCACAGCAAAUCCGCAGGCAUGAUUCGACACUUUCAUUCGGACUGCAAACGGUCCUGAGCUCCCCCACGUCCAUGACUGGUCCGCGACCAUGGCCCGCCGCGAUGAUGUUUGGCAACAUCAAGAGCAUUCGAUACCCGGGCGACAGGGCGAAAGCGUACGCAAAGAGCAUCAAUGCGAUUGCUAGAGCAGAUUCGGGUCUGCGUGGUUGGUGUUUGGCAAUUUCUUCACAAUCUCGCACACUUCCCAUGCGUUCCAACGCGUCUUCACGCACGGCACUCGGCAUGAAAGGUUUCCCCCACUCGUCGUCUUCCCUCUCUGUUCCUGUGGCUCAUGGUCGUAACGUCUCCACUGGCUCCGAAUUUCCCAUGCGGACCGAUGCCUACUCGGCACGAGAGAUUCAUCAACGGAUCAUCGAUCCUCUUGAUCAGCCCUCUGCUCUGCCGCCGAAUCUCCCCUACCCUCAACUCCAGCAAUUGAGCAUGGGAGGCGGAAUGAAGACCUCCCAGUCCAUGCAGAGCAUGGCCAGUACCACAAGUAAGAAGGGAGGUUUCUUCUCAAACAUUGGUAAAAAGUCGAGCAAGAAGGACAGUGUGUCGUUAGGUCCACCACCGUCCAUGUCCAAGAAGGACGUCCGAGGUCUGCCUAUCUCUUCGCCUUCAUCCUACCAUACGACGACGCCCCCGAAAUCUGACGACUCUCGAUCAGUAACGGGGAUCAGUGGACCUCGAGGACCCAGAAGCUCAUUCACCCCUCCUCCACCAAUGAAGGAUCCCGACAGUGUCCCCGGUCGAUCAAGUCUCGAUACAGGGAUAAUUAGGCCAGGUGGGGCUGGAGGAUCGCGCGGUUCACUAGAUGGGCAUGUCGGUCAACUGAAGAGUGGUGGACCACGGAAUCCAACAGUCCAAUCUUCUAGCCUUUGGAAGGGGGGAUCGCCAGUCAAAGAAGAUGACCUAAGGUCGAUGAGCGAAGUGCUUCCUCAUGCGGAUAGAAAUGUACUCCGGGCGUACCUAUCGCGGCAUGGGGACCAAAUGAAGGCUAUAGGGGCUUUUAUUGAGGACGAGCAACGCGGUCACCUCUUACGACCUCUAUGAGAUGAUAAAUCAUCACCGACCUUGGUAUUGAGCAAGGCAGACUGACGCAGGUGCUCGGGCCGUGUCGAUUGGGUCAGCAUGCAUUGUUCAUGCAUAUUGGCCUCAUUGCCUAUGAGCCACCCACCCCACUUGACUGAUUCUGUUGAGAUCGCUUGGUACGUGAACGGGGAUAUGAAACGCCAAUUGCGAGAUGUGGAUGGACUUUUCCUCAAUAUCCCCCGGAUCCCCAAUCCACUCCCGAAGCACUCCUUGUUCAUGAAAAGUACUUGACCCCACUGGAUCGCAGAGCAACCGAGGUCUGUCUCUCGGCGCUAUAGACGUAGUUUCUUAUCGCUAUCAAGUACGAGAUGUACUGUGGUGGGAACAGCAGAAGGGUUCUGAGCUUUUUGCCCGCUUUCUCAUCAGUAAGAAGCUAGCUCAGACGCU